AUGUCGACCCCCGCCCGACCAGAGGCGCCUACCGACGCCUCACCAGCAACAAGCGCAGAAGACUCCGCCAUGCCACCAAAGGAUGUGCCCGCGUCUCGAACACGCGGAAAGCUGCCUGGAUGGUUGGAUCACUUCAAUGCGCGCGAUCUGAAAAUUCUCUUUCGCUGCACGACGGCAGCAUGGGUUGCUUCUUUGUUGAUCUUUAUCGGCCCUUCUUUGCGCACAAUCGGGACGGCCACUUUCUUCGCGACAUUGGUUCUUUUUAUGGUGCCUCCAAAUGGUAUCGUCUUCAUUUUCAUCCUUGGAACUCUGACCCUCAUCUUUGGCAUGGCCCUCGGAUGGGGUUGGGGUGUUAUCGCGAUGAAGGCGGCUCUGGCCGCGCGACCGGCUGCUGAUACUCAGGCGAAACUACAAGCCCUGGGACAACAUGCUUAUAGCGUGGCUAACUCGACUGGUCAGUCCGUUACAACGGUCCAGCAACAGCUUGUCUACGAAGGCUGGAUGCUAGACGCUCGUGUAUCGGCUGUCUACUUUUGCUUCAUUUGUUUCCUCAUUUACGUCUUGGCGCGCAUUCGAGCCAAGAAUCCUAAGUUCACCCUCAUUCAAAUUUUUGGAACCAUUAUUAUGGAUCUCUUCAUCACCAUUGGGCCACUGCUUCCCUCUUUCAAUGGGACUAUGCCCAAGGUUCUCAUUGAGCCGGCGGCGAUUGGAAUUGGGAUUGGAUUGGCUUGCAACAUACUGUUCUUCCCAACAUCAACUUCCCAUACCGUUCUCGAGGGGAUGGAAGGAAUUGUACGGCUCCUCAGAGGCCCCUUGGAUGUGACCGUUGCCAGUUUGAUCGACGGUGAACAUCUGGAAUUGAAAGAUCUGCAUAAGUUGAAGAUGAAAUCUCUUGGGGCAUACAAGAAAAUCGAGCCAGCGCUCGCCUUCCUGCAACUGGACUUUUCAGUGAGCCGGUGGAACUCGGACGAUGUCCUGAGUUUGAAAGAACCCAUUCGGCGAGCUGCGCUGAGUACUUUGUCCCUGCUGGAGUUUCACAUAUCUCGCGUUGGGGGACAAGAGAAAUUAGAGAAACUCCGUGCAAUUACGGCAGAGUACAAUCAGUAUUCUAAGCUCGAGACAGCGGAGGAAAAGAAAGGAAAGACGCAACCGCGCGAAGCAGGCAUGCGCCAAUUACUUGAGAGCCUUAGUCUUGCGAAGGCUUUCACCACACCUGAGCAUGAGGCUCUUCGACAGGAAAUGCUUGAAGCUAUUCGACAGCCUUGCACGAAAAUUCUACCAGCCUGCCAGGACGCCAGUACUCUGGUUGCUGACUGCAUUCAUGCGGUAAACUCCUCGCGAUGGUUUGGGAAACUACCCAAGACUCGAAUGGAUGAGCUCCUCCAACGCAGUGAAUCUUCCUUGGAGAACCUCAAAGCUCUGCGUGUCUCAUUUGCAUCCGAAACAACAGAACGCCUGAUCCAGACAAAUGCAGACAUCUUUGAUGAGACUGGUAAGUUGAAGAACAUGGACGAUCCCACGAUGCAUAAAGUGCGAGGAAUCGCAGUGGGCAUGGUCUUUGAAGAACAGAUUCUUGGAGUCUCAGACGCCUGGGAAAAAGCUUUGGAACAAGUUGUCGCGCUGAUGAAGGAACGCCAACGCGUUCGCCUCUGGCUCCCUCGGGGACUGGGGUAUGCCUUUAAUUGGGCGUUCCACAAAGCUGCCGUUGCCCCAGUCCUUGCUGCACAGUCUCCAGCCGUUGAUCCCGAUGUGGUCGAAGAGCAGUCGAAAGCGGCCCAGCAAAGUCUCAAUAUGAGCCGAGGAUACAAAAUCAAACGACGCAGCGGGCUGGGACGUGUUAUACUUGGCACAUAUCACUGGCUUAUCAACCCUGAUGGGAUGUACGCGAUGCGCAUGGUAGUUGUUACUAUCGCGCUCGCAAUUCCGGCAGUGAUCCCUUCCAGUGCAGGCUUCUACUAUCGCGAGAAAGGUUUAUGGGCCCUGAUCAUGGGCCAGACUACGGUUGUUGUAUACAUGUCGGACUUUAGUUUGUCAAUCGCCUCUCGUUUCGUGGGAACUGUGGUCGGUGGUGUCGCAGGUUUGGUGGCUUGGUACAUUGGUUCGGGUCAUGGCUCUGGAAACCCCUACGGGCUUGCUGCGAUCAUGGCUGUGGUACUCAUGCUUCUCAUGUGGGGACGUCUGUUCGCGCCUCCUGCGGUCUUGCAAGCGACAAUUAUGGGUGGUGCAACCUGUAUCUUGGUGAUUGGAUACAGCUACGAUGAUACACAUAUUCCAUCAUACGGCAAUCCCGGCUGGGGAUACAAUGUCUUCUGGCGAAGACUCUUACUUGUUCUGAUCGGAUCUGGAGCGGCCUUGAUCGUGCAGGUGUUCCCCAGGCCUCCCUCUGCCGCACGACACAUCUGCAAGUCAAUGUCAAACUCCAUCCGAGCACUCUCUGAUCAUUAUGCACUUCUCCUGUCAUGUUGGGGUCAGCCAGACCGUGAAGAAGGUCUCAUGGCGGAACAGCUUGCACUCGACCUCGCAGAAGCCCUCUCUGCCCUUGAUGGUCCUGUCGCGCUGCUCCGUCUCGAGUUUUCUAGCUCCCCAUUCGACAGUGAUACUCUUGCCCAAGUCAAGUCCAUUUGCCACGAAUUGAACCAGCACCUUGGACGCCUGCUGUAUCUAUCAGCUUCUCUGCCAGAGCACUUCCAAGGACUCCUGGCCCGCCGUGCUGGCCUGCUAGACCACCGCAAUAUCGGUGAUAUCAUGGCGGUCCUGGGAAUUGUGGAGCAAGCUCUUAAGACUGGCGAUCCUCUUCCCGAGGUGCUUCCCACUCCACUCCUCAAGCGCUGCUACGAGUUCUGGCAAGUUCACCAAGUUGAGAUCGAGCUCAGCACGGAUCUGAUUAGGGACGAGAACUACCGUCGCUUCUGUGUUGCUGUGACUGCCUACCUCAAAUUCUUGGGCGCAAUUGAUGAUUUGGUGCUCGUGAUGAAGGGCACGUUGGGCGAGUCGCAUAUCGUGAGACGGGACCUGAUGCCCGAUGUGACUGUAUAA